UAUCCCUCAAGUGUCCCAAUAAAUACUACGUACUUUCUGCGUUACAGAUCCCCACAGGGUUCCAGCUCCAUCACCGAGGUUGUAGCAUGAUGGAAAAAGAUUCAAACUUUGAGCUUGAUGUGAAGCAAGGAGAACCAAUUCUGGUUCCACCUGCAGAAGAAACAGACAAGGGUCUUUACUUCCUCUCAAACCUGGACCAGAACAUAGCAGUUCCCGUUCGCACAGUUUAUUGUUUCAAAUCUGAUUCUCGAGGGAACGAGGAUGCUGCAACAGUGAUAAGAGAGGCCUUGUCUAAGAUUCUUGUUCCUUAUCAUCCCAUGGCCGGCAGGUUAAUAAUCAGUUCAGAGGGGAAGUUGAUAGUAGAUUGUACUGGUGAGGGUGCAGUGUUCGUUGAAGCUGAAGCGAACUGCGACAUAGAAAAAAUUGGAGAUUUGACAAAACCUGAUCCUUCAACUCUUGGCAAACUGGCUUAUAGCGUCCCUGGUGCCAAGAACAUAAUUGAGAUGCCCCUUAUGACUGUUCAGGUGACAAGAUUCAAGUGUGGAGGCUUUACUUUGGGGUUGGCCAUGAACCACUGUAUGAAAGAUGGACUGUGUGCUAUGGAAUUUGUAAACGCAUGGAGUGAUGCUGCAAGAGGCUCAGACUUAAAGAUUCCUCCAUUUCUUGAUCGAACCAUACUGAAAGCACGCGAGCCUCCUCUUAUAGAAUUCCCCCACCAUGAAUUUGCAGAGAUUGAAGACAUAUCAGAUACCUCAAAACUAUACGAGGAAGAAGACAUGCUCUACAAAUCCUUCUGUUUCGAUCCAGACAAGGUGGAGCUUCUCAAGAAGAAAGCCAUGGAAGAUGGGGUUCUUCAAAAGUGCUCUACUUUUGAAGCCCUUUCUGCUUUUGUAUGGAGAGCUCGAACUGAAGCCUUGAGGAUGAAACCUGAUCAACAAACCAAGCUUCUUUUCGCUGUUGAUGGACGGUCCAGAUUCGAUCCUCCAAUACCAGAAGGCUUCUUCGGAAACGCCAUAGUGUUGACAAAUUCACUGUGUGAGGCAGGCGAGUUAUUGACGAAUCCUCUAUCUUUCGCAGUUGGGUUGGUUCAAAAGGCCAUUGAUAUGGUGACAGAUAGGUACAUGAGAUCAGCUAUAGACUAUUUUGAAGUGACAAGAGCAAGGCCUUCCUUAACCGCGACGCUUUUGAUUACAACUUGGGCGCGGUUGUCUUUCCACACAACAGAUUUUGGAUGGGGACAACCUCUGUGUUCUGGGCCCGUGACAUUGCCUGAGAAAGAGGUCGUCUUGUUCCUCUCUCAUGGGGAAGAGAGGAAGAACAUUAAUGUUCUUCUGGGUUUGCCUGCUUCUGCCAUGGAAAUCUUUGAAGCACUGAUGCAGUUAUGAAAAAUCUUUCAAUUAUUGAUUACUUUGCUUUAUAAGUAUUUUACAUUUACAGUCCAAUAAUGUAUUCACCUGUUUGAUUAAGCCCAUGUCUGCUAGCUUCUGCUAUAAAUUAAUAUUUUGCUGUUGUUAUCGUCAAUUGCCGGGGAAAUAAUAUUGAUUCUCAAGUCAAUAUGACGUAUACAUACUGGAAACAUGGUGUUGCUU